AAAAGGCAGAUGGAGGACAGCGCUCAGCAGACAAUUCAGGACUCAGACUGAGAGACGGCCCGUCCUCUGACACUCUGUAGCGCUGACAGGAGAGGAGACUCACAGAGCAGAUUUCAGUCAACAUGGCCGAUAGCUACAACUGCACAGAGUGUAAGAAGACGCUGUACGGGCAGAAGUACAUCCUGAAGGUGGAGAACCCGUACUGCGUCGAGUGCUACGAGGCUCUUUUCUCCAGCAGCUGUGAAGUGUGCCAGAAGCUCAUUGGCUGCACCAGCAAGGAUCUGUCGUACAAGGACCAACACUGGCACGGCGACUGUUUCCUCUGCAUCAAGUGCAGCCGCUCUCUGGUGGAUCGGCCCUUUGCCAGCAAGGACAAGAACCCCAUGUGCAUUGAGUGCUUCAGCAACGAGUACUCCUCCAAGUGCCACGAGUGCCUAAAGACCAUCAUGCCUGGCUCCAAAAAGAUGGAGCAUAAGGGCAACAGUUGGCACGAGAAUUGCUUCACCUGCAACCGUUGCCAGCAGCCAAUGGGAACCCGGAGCUUCAUCCAGAAGGAGGCCAACCACUACUGCCUGCCCUGCUAUGAGAAGCAGUAUGCCAAGCAGUGCGUGCAUUGCAAAAAGCCAAUCACCACCGGAGGAGUGAAUUACCGUGACCAGCCCUGGCAUAAGGAGUGCUUCGUCUGCAUCGGCUGCAAGCAGCAGCUGGCCGGACAGAGGUUCACCUCCCGGGACGAUUUCGCCUACUGCCUCGACUGCUUCUGCAACCUGUUCGCCAAGAAAUGUGCCUACUGCACCACCCCGAUCAGCGGCCUCGGAGGCAGCAAGUACAUCUCGUUCGAGCAGCGUCAGUGGCACAACGACUGCUUCAACUGCAAAAGAUGCUGCGUGUCUCUGGUGGGUCGAGGCUUCCAGACAAGCAAAGACGAAAUCCUCUGCCCCGACUGCGUCAAAGACUUCUGAGCCAUUUCCAAGCCGGGAAAAUAGUUUUGUCAAAUUUGGCACUGCCUCUCCUUGCCUAUCAUUAAUUCUCACACAUUAACUCACGGUACUGCUAAGGUGUUUUAUGCAUGCGCUGAUGAUUCAUGUGAAUUAGUUGAAGUCUUCAUUACAAAGAAUGCUGCUUUAAUUUUAAAGCAAUGUUCUACAAAGAAAUACAUGUGUGUAUGUUAUUUUGGAAAGAAGCAUUAAUAUAAACAUUUUUCAAAUAUAUAUUACAGCAUUUAUUAGCUAAGUUGUUUCAUUGCACAUCUGAUGACAAUGAUAUAAUAUAUAUUUAUAUGAGUUAAUGUAAUAAUACUAAUACUGUUUCUAACACUGUUUAUUCUAGUUAAAUACAUUCUGUUUACAACUGUAAAUUAUAAUAAAGACCUUUAGAAUGUAAUUUUUUCAUGCUUUUUGUUUGUUAGCAAUGCAGCUUCUCAUGGAAACAAUAUUUUUCAUAACCCAAUAGAAAAUGUGCAUCGAACCCAUUAUGUAUUUAGCUCAGAUCUGUUUUGUUUUGUCAUGUUUGGACAAUAAUACAUUUAUAAAUGUUGGUAAUCGAUUAAUUAAUAGACAUUGGUUUAACACUUACUAAUACACCAUACUAUCUUAAGUAUUAAAUGCUAGUAAGUCAUAAA